AUGGCAAUUGAUGGUUUGAUUAUCCUUGAUUCAGCAGGUCGCCCAGUUAUACAAUCAGGAUAUACCUCUCACCCUCCAGCGUACCCCAUUUUUCACAUAGACGCGCUAAAUACCGCUCUUUCAAAGGCAACACGUCCAGAAGAUGUUGACCCAGUUCUUUACGUUCCUCCUGGAUUUGGAGGAGAAGGAAGUGCAUGCUGUCAUGUCGAAAUCGGAGGGCUAAGGCUUGUUGCAAGUGUCAGUGGCGACGCCGACCCCCUUGUAGCAUUUGCUUUUCUUCAGGCUUUCCAAGACAUAUUAAUCGAUUAUUUCGGGACCGUCAACGUUGCAACCCUCAAAGACAACUUUGAUACUGUCUAUCAGCUCCUCGAAGAAACUCUCGACCCAUCUGGGCAUCCUCUUACUACUUCGCCAAAUGCCUUGCGUGAUAUCGUUCUGCCACCGUCUCUCCUAUCCAAACUUCUAGCCUCGCUUUCACCCUCUGUAAAUUCUACUCAUCCUCCGAAAAUUUCAUGCAGCGGUGCCAAUGCAGCCUUUGCGUCACCCAUUCCAUGGCGAAAAGCAGGGGUAAAACACAACCACAACGAGGCACUAUUCGACGUGGUAGAAGACAUGCAAAGUAUAGUGGGACGAAAUGGUGUGACAAUCGUUAGCAACGUGUGGGGGAAAAUCGAGACUAAUGCUAAGUUGUCUGGGACUCCCGACCUCACCUUGACAUUUACGAAUCCGCAAGUCCUUACAGACUGCGCAUUUCAUCCAUGUGUGAGGCUCCAACGAUGGUCGCGGGAUCGCUCUUUCUCGUUCAUACCUCCAGACGGACGGUUUGUGCUUGCAGAAUAUCGAUACGCGCCGCCACAAUCAGUAGUGACUGGAACGUCGGGCAUCGUCCCGGUGCCCCUCGUACUGAAGGCAGUGAUGGACGCUGGAGAAUUUGGUGGGACGCUCUCCCUGACACUAUCGUCGCGCCUAUCCACGAAGACAAUGGAGAACGUUGAAGUAGAAAUUUAUCUUGGAGAAGAUGCUAUUGGUGCACAAUGUGCGGCGUCAAGUUCUGGUACUGGUACCGUAGGUGUUGGAGAGGGCGGUGGCUCGUGGACUUUUGAUCCGCGGAGAAAGGUCCUACGUUGGGAAAUACUCUCUAUGCGAACGUCAGGAAGCUGUAUGCUCCGCGGGUCGUGGACGUCGAAAGCGAAAGCCCCGCGACCCGCAAGGGCUUUUCAGAUCCGCUUCGAUAUACCUUCCUAUACAUUUUCGGCUCUCAAAGUCGAUCAGCUACGACUGUCCGGGGAGAACUAUAAGGUGUACAAGGGAGUACGGGGAAGAAGUCGGGGAUCAAUCGAAUGGAGAUGGUGA